CCCAGAGAGGGAAAGACCCGGCGAUUCAAGAUGGCGAAGGACCUGGAUGAGCUCUUGGAUGAAGUCGAGACCAAGUUCUGCAGACUUGACCCACUGAGGCUGGACCUGGGCGAGCGGCCCAAAGGCGGCGGCGGCGGCGGCGGCGGCGGCUGCACCCUCGGGGGCGACCGGAACCGAGCCCAGGAGGAUGAGAAUCUCAGAUCAACAGAAACACUUAAAAAAGAAGAUGAUCUUGACAGUCUUAUUAAUGAAAUAUUUGAAGAGCCCAUCUUUGACAAAAAGUCCUUCCAGAAAUUUAAAUCUAAAUCUUCAGAUAUCACAUCUGUGAGAGCUUCCAUUCAGAGCCUCAGUAAAAGUUGCAGUCCAGUAUACCUCAGUGGGAGCGCUGUUCCAAGUGGAAUUGGCACAAACACUUCACAGAGAGCAUGUGACCGUCUGCGUUGUACAGCUUGUGAUUUCUGGGUAGUGAGCUAUGAUGACCAUAUGUGGAACAAAUCAUGUGAUUAUCUGUUCUUCAGGAACAACAUGCCAGAAUUUCACAGGCUAAAAGCAAAGCUGACGAAGAAGAAAGGAGCCCGGGCAUAUGCCUGCCAGUGUAGCUGGAGAACUGUUGAAGAACUGACUGACCUACAGACAGAUCAUCAGCUUCGUUGGGUUUGCGGUAAACAUUAAGGAUGCAGGUUUUCCACAUUCAAACACAGCCAUGAGAGCAGUCUCCAGUUCUCUUCAUAUUUAGGCAAUGGUGUGUGGCAGUAUUGUGUUCCCUGGAAAAAAGGCACUAACCUUUAUUUAAGUCAACAAGUUUUUGAAGGCCAAAUGAACUUGGGAAGACAAAUGUAUUAUAAUAUUUGGAAAUUAUUUUAUAUUGAUAUGUGGGCAUUUCACUUAGUAGGAUAACAACUAAAUUCUUUACUUAGCUUAUCUCCUAUUAAAUAUAAGUUUAAUUGUGAUAUUUCAUGUAUACACAUCUACAGCCUUUCAUUAGCAAUUACAAUAUUGACUGCUAAUACACUAGGAAUUAUUCCUCAUGCAUUGCCGUUAAAGGUCAUGAAGCUGGUAGAAUUUGAGAGGUCACUGUAUAGGAAGAUUCAGGGCAUUUGCUCCAUGCUGGUCUAUUAUUGCCAUAGACCAUAAUUUAGACCUGGGAUAAAGAGAUAAGUAACGGCCUCAGAAGUAUAGGUAUACUACAAAACUGCCUUAUGAGGCUGGAGAGAUGGCUCAGCAGUUAAAGGCAAUUGCUUAUAAUGCCUGAUGGUCUGGACUCAAUUCCCCAGGACCCACAUAGAGCCAAAUACACAGAGCAGCACAUUCACCUUGAUUUCAUUUAUAACGGCAGGAGGGCCUGGCACCCCCAUACUCACUCUUUCUGUUUAACCCUCUUUCCAUCUAUGUCUCUCUCACUCUCUCAAAUAAAAAUAUUUUUAAAGAAAAAAAAUAAUAAAACUGUCUUAUAUCUUGCCUCAUCAACUCAAAGCAGUGUUAUGUACAAUAAUAAUAAAUAUAUGCUUCCAA